UUCCUUCCUCAAGUUGCUUCAACAUGGCUCUCAGGUUUGUGGUGUCGUUGGCCUUGGUAGCCAUGAUUGUUGGUGAACAUGUGAAUCCGUAUUCCAUACCAUCCGAAUACACUCCUCGUCCAACCUAUCCCACACGACCUCCAUAUAAGCCACAGCCUACCUAUCGCCCAAAACCUACCUAUCGUCCAAAGCCUACCUAUACUCCUAGGCCUACCUAUCCCCCAAAGCCAACUUACACUCCAAAGCCUACCUAUACUCCUAGGCCUACCUAUCCCCCACAGCCUACCUAUGGUCACCCAACUCCCACCUAUGGUCCCCCACCAGCUUACGGACACCAGCCUGUAAAACCAUCCUGUGCUGCUGCCACCACCAAGACCUGGUGCCUGGAAGACAAGGAGUACCCCAGCUACGAGCUCCAGGCAGCUGCUCACCAACACAAGGAUAAGCUUCUUACUCUCUACGCUGACGUGGCCGAACUGGACACAGCACAUUCCGUCGAUGGUCUCAAGACCCACUACGAUGAGACGUACCUCUGUCCCUCAGAGACCCAAUAUGUGAGACCUCUGCGAGCCCAGAACACUGAUGGUAAAUGGCGCGUCAUCGUCAACAACAUUAAAGUAGAUUACCUGACUCUCACCCAGACAACCCGCAUUGAGGAGUGCCUCAACCCCGGCCACGCCUGCCCUCUGGUGCCCGUGUGCUACGAAUCUAAGUGCCUGCAGAAGUUCAUUUACCACCGCUUCCUCGUCUACGAUCCCUAUGAUCAGUACUUCCCCUUCGCCAUCGAGACCUUCAAGCUGCCCGCCAGUUGCGACUGUCUUCUAGGCGCCUUCAACCUCUACCACUAAGACCACCACCGCAAAUGUCUCACUGGGCGCCUUCAGUAUAUGCAAAGAAGGCAAGGAAUCACAAAUCUCUCGCCACAAUGGGAAAAAAAAUCUUAUCUAGAAUCCUUAAAAAAUAUAUGUAACCCUUAGUCUUUCAUUGUGUGUGAUGUAAGACGAGGAGCGAGUGAUUCCUGCAGCAACAAGAACACUGCUGCGGCAGGAACCAGAGUCCCCUGUAUGACUUAGUCAUCAAUAAGUUAAACGAAGAAAGCAGUUCUCUAGUCAUCUCAUUGUGUACUAUGUACGAUAUAUGUGUGCAAAAAUGAUUAAUAUACAUAUUUUUAGCUUCUAGAAUGGAGUAUUAUUAUUAUUAUUAUUAUCACUACUAUUAUAAUCAUAACUAAGCGCUAAACCCACAAGGGUCAUAUAGCGCUGCUAGA